UAGCUUGCAGUUCUUGUCGGUUUCGAUCCACGAUAAGUCCUAAUCCAGAAAGUAGUGGGCAUCGAGGUGCAGAGUGGCAGCAAUGGCCUCGCCCAGCCGAGCCGGCCGCCGCGUGGUGUUGUUCCCGUUCCCGUACCAGGGCCACUUCAACCCUGUGCUCCGGCUCGCGGGCGCUGUGCACGCCCGCGGCCUCGCAGUCACCGUGUUCCACACAGAUCUUCGCGCGCCAGACCCGGCUGACUACCCCUCAGACUAUCGCUUCGUGUCUGUGCCCGUCCAUGUGCCCAUGGAUCUCGUGGCAUCGGAGGACAUCGCCAGACUCGUGAUGGAGCUGAACGUCAGCUGUGCGGCGCCGUUCAAGGAGCGGCUGGCGGCGCUGCUCGCCGAGGAGGAGCCAGGAAGCGUCUGGUGCGUGAUCACCGACGUCAUUUGGUACUCGGCGCAGGCGGUAGCGAGGGAGCUCGGCGUGCCGGCUCUGGGAUUCAUGACCAGCAGCGCGGCGAGCUUCCGGAACUUCAUCGCCUACCCUACACUGAUUGAGAAGGGCUACUUGCCUGUCCAAGAGGAGCACAGGGAUGACCCAGUCGACGUGCUGCCACCGUUCCGUGUGAAAGAACUGCAACGCAUCGAAACGAGCAGCCUUGCUGACUUCGCCAGCCUGCUCGGGCACACCGUUGAUGGAGCACGGCAGUCCAGCGGCCUCAUAAUCAACACCUUCGAAGCCCUCGAGGCGGUUGACCUCGACAAGAUCCGCGAGGACAUGUCCAUCCCCGUGUUCGCCGUCGGUCCUCUCAACAAGUUCGCGCCACCGGUCAAAAGUAGCUUGUACCAGUUGCAGCAAGACUGCCGGUGCCUCGACUGGCUGGACACGCAGGCGCCUCGCUCCGUGAUCUACGUCAGCUUUGGGAGCCUCGCUGCCAUGGACCCGCACGAGUUUGUGGAGCUGGCUUGGGGCCUCGCUGACAGUAAGCGCCCGUUCAUCUGGGUGGUCAGGCCGAGCCUCAUCCGCGGAUUCGAGUCCGGUGAUCUGCCGGAUGGGUUUCGUGAAGAGGUAGGUGAUCGAGGUAGGAUCGUCGAUUGGGCUCCACAGGAUGAGGUGCUUUCUCAUCCUGCGGUCUGCGCUUUCUUGACGCACAAUGGUUGGAAUUCGACGAUUGAAGCUAUAUCAGAAGGUGUGCCGAUGAUUUCACGACCAUUCUUGGGGGACCAAUAUGGAAACGCUAUGUUCGCGUGCAACGUUUGGAGGGUGGGAGUGGAGGUUGAAGUGGAAGAUCAGCUUGACAGAGGGAAGAUCCAAGAUGCUAUUGAGAAACUGAUGGGCAACAAACGAGGGAAAGAGGUUAGGGAGAGGAUGGCAAAUCUAAAACAGAUGGUGGAGAAAGGCAUUAAGGAGGGUGGAUUGUCUCACGCAGCUUUUCUUAAGUUGGUUGAUCUCAUAUUGUCAGUUUGAAACAUUUGGAAGCUACAAAAAGCAUAUUUGUUGUUGGUAUGAGCCAAUGAUGUGUACUUCCUUUUAUUCAAUUUCCACCUUUUGAUCUUGGCACCAAAUUCACCAAUUUGACUGAUUUUGUAUGAGCUGUAA